GUCGCAGUUGCGGAAAGAACCUCGCUCGGCUCACGUUGCCGAAGAAGAGGAGCAUCUGGGAGCUGAGUCUGAGCUGUCGACGGGAGCAGCGUCGCGUGCAUCGCUCGCACACAUACGACGAGAACGACGACGUGUAAUACUAUCAUCAUCGGCACGACGAUGGCGAUGACGAUCCGCGCUUUGCUUUUUUUCGGAGCGAUUCUCCUGACGCUCGGCGAGAUCAGCGCCGCGCCGAGGAGGUACGAUCAGCGACAGGAGGGCGACUUCAACGUGCACGCCCAGCUGGAGAAUCUCCUCUUCGUCGUGGCCAUCCCCAGCAGCAACGACGUCCUCAGCGAGCUCGCGCUGCAGGCGCUGGAACUGAAGCAUCAGCUGGGCUCGUCCACCGGCAUCGUCCCGCCUCCGAAAGAUCCCGAGUCGGACGUUGGGACGUUAACCGCGUUCAGCGAGCCCGAUGACGACCAGGUCCGCGCCGACGAGGUCUACAUCACCAGCACGGAAGGCGCGAGGAGAAGCGAGGAUCGCCCGGAGAACGCCGAUGAGAAGGCGAGCGGCUCGGAGCACCAGCAGGAAGUGACGUCGACAGCGAAGUCGAGCGGCGAGGAAGGGAGACCCAUCGGGAGAGAAGCCAAAAGCGCCAAGGGUUUCGACUCGGCGAAGAGCCAAGGAGACCCGGUGAUUCCGGGGCACCUCGGAAACGCGAAGGAGACUCUCGGGUCCAAGACGGAGGACAGCGAUCGGGCCCGGAACGUGGUCGGGAGCCCCGACGUGGAACCCGGCAGGCCGGGCGCGUCGAUGAAGAAGCAGCUGUUUCGCCGGGGCCUCGGCGAGGACGUCGCGCCUCCGGCCACGACGUUCGUCGUCGGAGCGGCAGAGCAGCAGGAGAUGAAGCUGUUGGGCGACGGCAUCGAGAACUGCGGCCCAGGAAGACGCCGUGACCCCGCCGGCGUCUGCGGCUUCGAUGCAGAGCACGCCGGCUCUCCUCCCUAGCUUUAAGCUCGCUAAGACCGAUCGAUCCGCGGGAUCUGCGAGAGCUGGUUGCCGUCGUCGCAACGUGAUCCUUCCCUCGCUGUACAAGUGUAACUUAUAUAUGUCCUUAGGUUGGGUAUGUACCGAGCGAACGGCGGAUUUGCGAGCUUUCCUUGUUACAAUCCGGGAAACGUGUGCGCGCCGCAGCGAGCAAAGCGAGAAUUCGGAUGGAGAUCCCGGGUUUCGGGCUUCGAUUUGCUCGCGAGGUGGUUCGUCACGGACGAAAUUCCGGCGCGUUUAGACGAAUAUAUACAUACACGGAUGAAGGAAAUCGGUCGAAUCAACGUGACGAUGAACGAACCGCGUUUUGCUCGAGGUAGACGGAAUUCCCGGUCCUAAGGAACGGAUUUAUCAGGGAUAGCCAUAAGUAAUGUCGCUUUUCGAUAUUUGUGCAACAUUUUAUUUUACUUAACACUUGGUUCUCUUGAAAUUUCACAAUAAGCACACCAAGCGUCAAUCAAUUUAGUCAGUGUAUAGGUUUUACGUAACGAUAAAUCAUGUCCACGAACAAGGUGGCGAUGUCUGUGCAAUCUGAAAAAAACGACAUUACUUGUGGGUACCCCUAAAAGGUUACGAGCGCUAGAAAUAUUGUUCUCUUCAACACGCGUUCGAUUCGUCCGUCGUCGCGUUAUUAAUCCAACCGGUCUCCCUUCUGCGUAUUCAUAUUACAUCUUCGCUUCGUUCGUUCGUCGUUUGUUCGUUCGCUCAAGUGCACACCCGCUUCUGCGUUUCCCCAUUGUCUAACGAUGAUGAAUGUUAUACCGGAAGAAAGCGUUGCGAGAGCUUUCGAUUUUUUUUGUAUAAAUCGGCGUGUCCGAAGCAGGGCACACCGAGUAUAGCCACCCAGGAUGUGUUUCAUCGUCGAAUAAAAUGCAUAAAACCACAA